AUUAUAGAAGUGUGAGACGGCAGACAUAACACUAGCCACACCUUAUGAGGGCUGUCCACCACUGGCUGUCCACCACUGGCCACACUGACUGAGAGUGUUGUGCCUUACUGUACCUCACAAUGCAUGGACGGCUGAAAAUAAAGACAACAGCUGAACAAGCAGCAGAAAAACAAAAAGAAAGAGAAGGAAAGAGGAAACUAUAUCUUGGGGGUGUUACAAAGGCCUUUGAAAAGAGAUCUUCAGGGACCCAUGAUGAAGAAGGACUAAAGAUAACUGCUCAGCUAUUAGCAGCCAACCCUGAUGCUGCCACCCUUUGGAAUUUUCGAAGAGAGAUUCUCUUGGCCUUGAAGGGAGAUGAUGAAUCCUGGGAGAAGCUUCUUACUGGGGAGUUAGCAAUGGUAGAAAGUUGUUUAAUGAAAAACCACAAGAGUUAUGGAGCCUGGCAUCACCGCUUUUGGGUAAUGAUGAAUUUCCCCAAGCCACCGUGGAAAGCUGAACUCUCGCUGUGUGACAAGUAUCUUAAAUUAGAUGAGAGGAAUUUUCACUGCUGGGAUUAUCGGCGGUUUGUAGUAUUAGGAAGUAAUCAACAACCAGAAGAUGAACUUAAGUUCUCUCAGCAUUUGAUAGAGCACAACCUAAGCAACUAUUCUGCUUGGCAUUACCGGUCCAAGUUGCUGCCUCUGGUUCAUCCCCCACCAUCAAAUACUCCACACCCAAUAUCAGAAGGUGCACUUAUCAAGGAGCUACAAACUGUGGUUGAGGCAGUGUUCACUGAUCCUUCUGACCAGAGUCCAUGGUUUUUCUUGAGGUGGCUUGUCAACAGGCAAGAAAAAGUUCCAAGGAUGCUGCAAGUUGGAUAUGUGAGAUAUAAGGGAGAUUCUGGCUUAGUUAUUUGUGUAUUCUCACAACCUGUGCCUCAGAGAGCAGUGCCUUUUAUUCGUUUGAAUGGUGCAGACUCUGAUGAAACCCUUAUAUGGUACGCACCAAAUGAUGAAGAUUACUCCAAUGUUUGGGUUGCAGAAUUAAAUCUCUCAUCAGUUGAGGCACAUACUAUCUCGCUUAUUAUUGAUCCCUCAAUGACUGAGAUGUUAAAUGUUGGUGAAGGUUCAACUCAAGCUAUAGAAUGGGUUACAACAUUAGAGGUUGGUGGAGAAGAAUUGUCAGACACGGCACGGUCAACUUUGGAAGAAGUGAAAGAUAAUUGUGUCACUUUAGAUGAAUUGGAUCCUGGUAAUAAAUGGGUGUUACUUACCUUAGUGGAUGUAAUGUGGGCCCUUGACUGUCACACUCACCAAAAGAAGAUUCACAGUUACCUCUCUCAACUCCAGGAGCUGGACGUCCUACGCAACAAAUAUUAUGCAGAUAUGAUGCCCCCCAAUCCCCAACUGCGUGGGCGCACUGUGCUUGCCAUGUUCCUCCACCCAUAACUUCUUGGACAUUUCUGGAUCUGCCCCUGAGCUCACAUGGCUGCCAAACAUAAGAGAGCACCUGACAACACCAGCUACUUGAUGACUCACUGAGUACAGCUUUGCUGAGAGCCAGCACCAAGCUUCAAAGAGUGUAUGAGAGACCAAGGACAUUUUUUUCUUCUUUACAGAUGGUAAAAAACCCUUAGCAGCUAAAAGUAACUUGAUAUGGUGGAAAAAAACUCCUGGGGGGGAGGGGGGUGUUAAGUCCAGGGUAAAAAUUACAGUAGGUUUGGUGUCUUUGGUAAUUUGAAUUGGCAAUCCCUUCCACAUUGAAGUUUUCCACCUUGCAAUAUAGACAAUACAGAACACCCCCCCCCCCCCAAUUAGUCCACAUUGGAGGAAGUUUACUGUAUUAUCAUUUGAUCACUUCAGCAGUAAUAAUUAGAAGGUGGUAAAUAAAGUAUUGAAGAAAUAGAAGUUGAAGAAUGAGAAUAAUAAUACAGUAAUUGUAAGAGGCAGAUGACCCCAAACCUUUUAGGAAAUGGUUACUUUUGGGAUGAAUUUUAUACUUGACCAAAUUUCCCCCCAUUAGUGACCUUCAUGCAGAUGUGAAGGUAAAUAUUUUUCAAGCUUUUGAAUCAUUAGAGAACAUUUGACAAGUAAAUAAUCAUAAAUUAUUAAAUGGAUGAGGAGUACAGUACUAAAAUCAUGCAUUCUUUUACUCUACAGUUUGCUGGGUCAUGAGUUUCUAUUUAGAAUGAUGUAUUAUAUUU